AUGGCUGAAAACAGUGCCGAGCCAACAAACAGGGAUAUAAUGAUCCUUUUACAAAACGUAAGUGGGCGCCUCGAAGUUAUGGAGAAGAAGAUGGGUGCGAUAGAAUCCAUAGAAAAGAGAAUGGGUGCACUUGAAAAGGACAUCAAUAAGCUCAGGUGUCGAACCCUGAAGCUAUGGGUGGCUAUUGACGAAAGGGUCCAAAAAGUAGACCAACGCGUGACGCGCCUUGAGGACAAGGUUGACGGUGCGGACAUACAUGCGGCGCAGCUUUCCGAACGGAUGCAGGAGUUGGAAAAGGAAAGAGAUACCUUGCGUGAUAACGUUUCCUAUCUUCAAUCGCAGACCAUGCGUAACAACUUAAUUUUCACCGGGGUAGUAGAGGACAACACGACCGGAAACGAGCAGCCGGAAAUUACUGAACGGAAACUCCGCCAGCACCUUCAAGACGCUUUUAAGAUUGCCCGUGACGUUGUGGACUCAAUUAAAUUUGAGAGGGUGCAUCGCUCUCCUGGAUCCCCUACACCUGGGAAAGUGCGUAACAUUGUCGCAAAGUUUACUUUUUUCAAGGAAAGAGAACUGGUGCGAAAACUUUGGAAACAACUAGACGGAUCAGUGUACCGUGUGUUUGAACAGUUUCCUCAAGAGGUAAUAGAAAAGAGACGAAAGUUAGUGCCGCAAAUGAAAGAAGCCAGGCGGUUAGGAAAACGCGCCUAUCUGGCAUAUGACACUCUUUACAUAAAUGGAACCGCGGUAAGAGCAUAG